GUGUUGCAUGUGCUUGACACUCAGUGUAGGGGUACUGCUAGGUAGAUGAGAUCAGCAGCAAUGGGCAUUGCUAGGACUGGUGGCAUGUUCUUGGCAGUUACCAUGGCAGAGCACACAUUUGUUGGCCUCAAUUGAAGAACCCCUUUGGGUAGUAGAUGGAUAAUAUUUGGAGUACGCUUUUGGGACUUGUACACAUAUUUGAAGAUUAUCUAUUCAGGAAUACCAAGAUAUUUUUUCAGCAAAACUGGGGGGAAAAAACAUCUUCCAAUGGAAAACCUUCAUUUCGUCAUGUAUUUCUAGAAAAUGGCUAGCUUUUCUUCUGUGUUUGUUUCAAUAUUGUUGGAGGGUUGGAAGGGAUGUAUUUCAUACAUAAUACCUGUACCUGAAAUGUAACCAGAUACAUAAUUCAUAUUGGCAGAAUGUCUCCGCCUCCACUGUGCAUGAUGCAGCUGGUAAUUGGUAGAGGCCACAAGUGAGACAUACCUCUCUGCAAUUAGUUUUUUCCAGUUGUCACAAAGAGCAGAGACCUACACACACGACAUACAGUACAGUAUAUAUAUAUACAUCUAUUUGCACUGUGCUGCACAGAUCAGCAUCUCUGCGGAGGCUUCUUUAGGAUUUAGACCUCAGAUUGGUCUGGAAAAAGAUGACGGAUCAAAAUAUGCAUUUUUUUAAAGCCUUUUUCCUGGUUUGCAUCGCUCUGUCUGCUACAACUACUGGUCAAUCAACUGUAGACACACCCACUACUGGUGCAACAGCUGCAGCCACAACCACUGCGGGGGCAACAACUGCAACCACAACCGCUGUGGGGGCAACAGCUGCAACCACAACCGCUGUGGGGGCAACAGCUGCAACCACAACCGCUGCAGGGGCAACAGCUGCAGCCACAACCACUGCUGGGGCAACAGCUGCAGCCACAACCGCUGUGGGGGCAACUGCUGCAACCACAACCGCUGCAGGGGCAACAGCUGCAGCCACAACCGCUGCUGGGGCAACAGCUGCAACCACAACCGCUGCGGGGGCAACAGCUGCAGCCACAACCGCUGCGGGGGCAACAGAUGCAACUAAUAACUCAACAGCUGGGACAGCAGUGACCUCAGCUACCAAUCCAGCAGGUCUGAUGUACUGCAAGACCUUUGCCUGUACAGGGAAUAACUGUUACACGAAUUACACAAAUCAAAAUGCAACCAUGUGCGCUACAAAUUACUCCUACUGCAUGCUCAACCGCACAGACAGCAGCUACAAUGCUGGCUGCAGUCAGACCUGUGCUGGAACAGCCAACAUGUGUAGCAAUGCCUCUUCGACCCAGUGUAUAAUGGAAUGCUGUGCCACCUCCCUCUGUCUUAGACUGAAUGGAACAAUUCAGGGGAUCCCCUCCACUGCAGGGACUACAUCUCCACCACCUAACAUGACAACUACAACUGUUGCUGUCGCAAACAAUGGAAAGAGCUGUCAGUCCUUCACAUGUAACGGAGACACGUGCUACAAAGGAAAAACCGAUGCGAAAUUCUGUCAGACUGGGAUGAACUACUGUGAGCUGAAAAAGAAGGUCUCUGGCGUCACCACAACCUGGACUGCAGGCUGCAGCAGCACCUGUCAAGCCACAGCCAGCGGCUGCACCUCCACCGCCACGGAUUGCCUCCAAGAGUGCUGCGAUGCCUCUGCUACAGUCUGUCUCAAACUCGAUGGCACUGUGAACAUCAAAGGUGCCGCGGAUACGCUCAGCACGGUACCACUGAUGAACCUGCUAACCGUUGCUUUUCUCGUUUUCAUUUCCAGCAGUCUCCAGCUCCACUAACGCUGUUUUAGAUGCACACCAGUCCAUGUCCUAUUUAUUUAUUUUGCAAGCAAUAAUGUGACUAAGAAAAAGAUAUAUAGGGCAUUUUUUCUGGAGUUUCUAAAGUAAAGUUUCUAUUGCUUUUAAAUGUAAUAUAUUAAUUACAUAUGUAAAUAUAAAUGAUACUUUCUCUACCUGUAUCUUACUGUGAUACAAGCUAUAGACGUCUAUGUACAAUGGCAUCCAGAAAAUGCUUCAAAUGUUUUUACUUAUACCCCAAGCAGUGUGGAGUAGUGGUUAGGUCUCUGGACUCUUGACCGGAGGGUCGUGGGUUCAAUCCCUGGUAGGGGACACUGCUGUUGUACCCUUGAGCAAGGUACUUUACCUAGAUUGCUCCAGUAAAAACCCAACUGUAUAAAUGGGUAAUUGUAUGUAAAAAAUAAUGUGAUAUCUUGUAACAAUUGUAAGUCGCCCUGGAUAAGGGCGUCUGCUAAGAAAUAAAUAAUAAUAAUAAUGUUUAAUGACUUAGCAAAAAAUACAUUCUUAUGGUACCGCCUUAUGCAUUAUUAUUUGUUACAUUAUCAUAUUUAAUUGACAAUUGCCUUUUUCAAAUACUGUUGUCUUGUAAUGCAAUUGUGAAAUAAAAUGAAGUGAACUAUUUUAAAGAGAGUAUAAUUAUUAAAUAAUAAAACUUUUAUUUAAUAUUGGUAUGUGGUGACUUAUUUAAGUGUCUGCCAUGUGAUGUUAAAAAUAAGUAUAUGAUUUAGAAGACAAAUAGUCUCCAGAUGAGAUGUUCACAGCCUUUUUCAAAUCCAGUUUGUUUAAAAAAAACAAAAGUGAAAUCAAAUUGUUCCAUGAAUGGUAAACUAAUCCCAUUCUUGCAUGUGUGUGGGCAGGGUUCCAUUCUACCUUUAGUGUGAAUACAUGAGUUUGAUAAUGAAAACUAGGGGAAAAAAAACAUGUUUACUACCAGCAAU